AUGGCAACAGUAUCAGAAAACGAUGUUACUAAUGCACUACAAGAGGCUGAGCGUGCUCUUCAACAGAUCGAUAAACAAAGUUUAACAGAGUUGGCUUGUUUUGCCCACCCACCAAAAGCUAUUACGACAUUAAUGCAAGUGGUCGGUAUAUUUCUACAACCCGAAAUUUCAAGUAAUAAAUUCACUUGGAAUGACGGACGCCAAUUACUCCGGAAGAGUAAUUUUCUUCAAAUAUUGCUGCAGUUCGAUAAGGAGCGGAUAACAGCUGAGCAAGUAACACGUGCAGCAUCGUACAUGACACGUGAAGAAAUGCAGUCAACAACUAUGAACAAUAUCUCGCGUGCCGGUGCAAAUCUUCUUACAUGGGUACGAGCAAUAUAUCUAUACGGUCAAAUGAAACAGCAACCAGCAGCGCAUUAG